AUGGCCGCCCUACGGCGCGGCUACGGCGGCGUUGCUGUCCGUUUCUUUGCUGCUCUGGUUGCAGCAGCAGCAGCAACAGCAGGAGCAACAGCAGCAGCAGCAGCAGCAGGGUUGGCUGGAGACUUGGGGGGGGCAUACACCGGCGUGCAGCAGACCCGCACGCUGCAGCACUCAUUCACCUCUGCCCCUGGCGGCACCGCUAACAGGGAUUAUCAAAAGGCUCUUCACAAGACAGCAGCAGCCCUGCAGCAGCAGCACGAGGAGACAGGAGAGUUCCAUAUAGAGGCUCGCAUUCAGCAUCAGCAGACAGCAGCAGAGGCAGCAAACCCUCAAGGAGACAUGGGCCUGCUGCUGCUGCUGCUGCUAGACCUCAAGCUGCUUCUGUCCCCAGCAGCAGCAGCCGCAGCAACAGAAGAUCGGCAGCACUCAAAGCUGGUGCUGCUUCAGCAUCAAGUAGAAACUAGAGAUGCCAGGGCAUUUGCCUGCCCCCCAUUGCAGCAGCAGCAGCAGCAGCAGCAGCAGCAGGAGCAGCAGCGCGGAAGCGUGCAGGUCUCACCAGCAGCAGCAGCAGCAGCAGCAACAGCAGCAGCAGCAGCAGCAAUCGCAGCGGCAGAGCAGUAG